UUAUAGUAUUAUUAUCACAUUAGGUAACAACAAUUACAGGCCGAGUGUCUUAUCGAACCCAUACCAAAUAACUGUCGUAGAUAGGAUAUAUAUAUAUAUAUAUACAAAAAUAUACGUAAAAUCCUAUUGAGUAUCGGGUAUAAUAUAGGUUUAAAAUUUAUUACUUUGGAUAACGGUUGUAGGAUUAUCGAUAUAAACAGAAACAUCCAUGCAUUUUGUGUCAGUUACAUGUUGACGUGAUAUAGGUAUAACCGUAAAACAUGGAAGUUAUUAAGUCUAACAAAGGUGGGAACAAAAUUUGUUGGAGAGGUUAUACAUACAUAAUGAAACAUCAAGGACGCAAAAGAUUAACGUGGAGAUGUAAAAAAGAAAGUUCAUUGAAAUGUCGCGGAACAAUGUACACGGACUUAAAUAUUGGACAUCCUCAAAUUGGAAAAGUUCAUAGUCAUAUAGCUGAUAAACACGAGGUAAAUGCUAUAAAAUGUACAUAUAAAAUGAAAGAAGCGGCCAAAAGAACUAAAACGAAUCCAGCGGAAAUAUAUGCCGAAAAUGUGAAGAAUUUAGACCCACAAUCACAAGCUAGAAUUCCACCUGAACCUAUAAUGAAAAGAACAAUACGUAAUCAGAGAAAAACGGAACAUCCAGCUAGUGGAACUAGUAUAGAGGGAGAGUGGUGUACAACUGGAAAUCCGGAUAAUAAAAGAUUACUUUUGGUUGACGAUGGUGACGAAAAUAGGUUAGUUAUUUUUGCAACCGACGAAGGACUUCAAAAUUUAUCCAAGUCUAAUGAAUGGUAUAUGGACGGUAAUUUUGCUUUGUCACCUAAAGGUUUUAUGCAGCUUUAUGUAAUAAGAGUACAAAUUAAUGGUAUUUUUGUUACUGCCGUUUAUUGCUUGCUCACUAAAAAAACACAGUCUACUUACGAGCGAAUGUUAAACUGUUUAAUGGAAAAAUGUGCAGAGAAAAAUAUUUUUCUUGACCCUAUGUACAUACAUGUUGAUUUUGAAAAAGCAGUUAUAAAUGCAAUAAAAAUAGUUAUAGGUGAACACGUAGAGGUGAAUGGUUGUUUUUAUCAUCUCACACAAGCAACACAUCGUCACAUUCGAAAAAUGGGAUUAACAACUGAAUAUAAGUCAGACGAAGAAUAUUCUGCAUUUUGCCGACGCUUGGACGCGUUAGCAUUUUUACCAUUAUGUGAUGUAGCUGAUUGA